GAUAUGACAGUAUAUUAUUUGCUGAAGAUCCGUAAUCGCCAUGCUGCGGAACUUUCAAUCAAAUUAGCAGUUUUAAAUAUGGAUUUUAGUUUGUUUACCCAUGAUAUCCUUCAUUUGUUAAUGCUGCCGCUGUUGUCACAGCAGACCCCGCAGCCUGUCCUUUGACAAUGGCCCUGACUUAAGACUGUGCCGCUAGCGUCCACCCGUAGGACCCUACGCGGUCAGCGGGUAGACAAACGCAGUGUCUUUUAUCUCUCGGCCCUCCUCCCGACAGCAAACUUUUAUGAUACAGUUUUCCUCGAAAAACCUGGCUGGAACCCAGGUUUUUGAUCGUCUAGACUGGUUCUUACGUGUUGUCCAGCUGGGGAUGACUCACCAUUCCACUUCCAGUCUUUCUUGAUUUAGCAUUUCUUAUUCGCCACUUGUAACCUCCUGAGACACCUAGAGCAUGCGCAACAGACUGAAUUUGACCAAGCACAUUCUCCGCUGCAGCCAUUUCAAAUUCGUUCAGAUAGUCCAGCACAUCUAGUAUAAAAAAUGUUUGUCAUUCUAAGGAGAAAAGGUUUGAAGUUUAGUUUACAGAUAAGGUCCAGUCAGCGAUAUUCUCUGAAAGAGCCAGGCCAACAAAAACGGCCUACAAUAAAGCUUUCUGGUUCAUAUGCUUGGACUUCGUCCUCCGUCCUUUGAGCUUGUCCAAACUGCGAUAAACGGAGCCAUGGCCCAGUCCGAUGGGUCGUUCGUCGCUUGUUUUUAGCCCAACUGGUAAAUAAUACCUAAACGUAGCCUAAACCAUUCUGUAGGAGCCAUUGUAUGAGUAGGGUAGUUGCCACUAAUUGUGUUUGAAGGACCGGAGUUGAUUAGAGCACCUUUUGGAACCCCAUCCCUAUUAAUGAGGGAGACUGAGCCAACGACUGGGAUGUCAGCAGGUAUCCCAGUCAAUCCCAGUCUUCUGGAAGCAAAUGAAAGUAUUUUCCCUGCAAAACUGUUUCUACGGGAUGACGUAAGAAAGAGACAUACCUGCGCCGAGUGUGUCACAAAGAUGUGCAAUUUUGUUAAUCAUUUACGCAAAAAAUAAAAGACGAAUGACUCCGCAGACGGAGUCCUGGCUUCGUCCAUCCUAGUUUGGUUAAAUCCAUAGGACGGGAACAUGGGUUAUCAAGGUUGACUCAAAAUCCGCAAGGAACACUUUCACGUCAUUCAGGCGCUCCCAUUGGCUCGAUGAUUUGCUUGUAAACUGUCAAGGUAUUAAAGCUCUUUGAUGUGUCUGUAUCGCCUUAGGCAACAGAUUUAUUCGGAUUAUGAUUAGAUACAGCUGGAUUCCCCUUUUCUGACUUUAACUUUUUGAGUAAAUCUUCGUUAUUACAGGAGCGCAAGAUUGAUAUAACCCACUGUCUAAAUUCUUGUAUGUUUAGAAUAGACAUUUUUAUGUAUAAGUAUUGAUUUUCGCCCUUCAAUUAAUCGUAAACAGUUGUCCAACCAAAAAUUACUUGUCUGUUGGCGACUACAUCGUGCAAGUCACUGUGGACAUAGUCGGAAACGACAUUCGAACGCCCACGUCGGGAACAGUGUUCAGCAAACGUGACAGUCCCAAUGCAGUACCUGCUGUUGUGGAGGCUUUUCCAUUUACAAGCUUCACAGCUGUUUGAGAAGCUAUCUUGAUAUACUUCGAUGGAAAAACCUCCAUAGUUAACGAUUCAACUAAAUUUGUCCCUUUCGCUUUCCAUGAGAAUGGUCUGCUUAACGCGUAACAGUUUGAAAGCCCUUAAGAACGCACAUAACCUCAUUUUACUUGUGCCAGAUGUCAAUUGAAAAACGCGUCCUUAGUCAUGGGCAGCGGGGCCUGUCUACCUCUAACGUCACAAGCUCUCGAGACUGACGGCUACAAUCCUGAACAAAACAAUUAACUAUGAAAGAAGUCUAGCCCUUUUUCCCUCUCUUUAUGUCACGAUCAGAAUAGAGUUGGUUGACGAAAACAAAUUUAUAUCAUUUUACUUCGCAUUUCAGACGAGAAAUUAGGACAAAUGAUUUCGACCGAUCUGGGAAUGAAAGGAGGGGGGGGGGGCUUCAAGUAACAACUGCGAAUCCUUGCUGAAAAGUCCUGGGCGUAGUUCUUUUUUCAGCAAACACGCAACAACUGGCGGGAGGGGUGGCUGCUUCGGGUUUGCAUCCACGGGAAUUAUAGUAGGCAAUCUAAAAGAGGGGGCUUAGUGCUGCUUGGCAGUACCACACUGAACGCAGGGCGGAGCAGAGUUCGACUGGGACUAAACAUUUCAAAGUCAUUAAUCCUUUGAGGGAAAAAUGAGGAGUUGAAAUUCUGCAUCUCAUUUCCUUACCCUAAAAAUUUUAAACUCAAUAAAACGGAGCUGCCGUAUGGUCUAUCCUUUAACUCGGUGAUAUUUCACUCAUCUGGGAUUCUUGAUAUUAAAAUCUGCCUAUAAAUACUCAUUUUUAGUCGAGCUCAACGUCGACACACGUUCAAUUUGCCGUACCGUGUUUAUUCCUAUGGCUUUAUGCUUUGCCACUGUUCUACGAUGCUGUUAUUUUGGUAGUUCGGAAAGGAGCUUAGGUUCGAGCUGUUACUAUGCGAAGAGCGUUUUCCAAGUGUCAUCAUGUAUUCGCAUUUUCACGCAAAAAGACAACAUCAAGCAGAUAACCUCAGAAUCGAAUGGCAGAUUUAACGAACAGUCGACAGUCUGCCAGACCUCGAAGUGAACAAGCCAGCAACAACAGAGCUAGACAACAAAGACAACUGAGUCCAACGUAGGUCUUAGUCUCUCUACGUCUCCGGUUGUCAACCCCGCACCGCUGUUGUCUUAAAAGCUUUGAGGCCUAGAAGAUGGUUCCCAUGUAAUUCGCACCAUACAGAUCGUCAUGGGCUUUUUCUCAUGCAAAUAAAUUAGCAGCAUACCACGAAGAAGACUGGCUGCCAGUGGAGCGCUAAUUAGUUUCAUGCAACUUCACUCUUAAUAUUCGGCCUGAUUCCGUGUGCUCCCUUCAUCAUAGGUAACAGCACUUUCUGGCCUAGUAGCUACCGUUGGUCAGCAGUACUCCAACCCCAGGGAGUAAUGGGUUAAUAACGAAGUAAUUAGAAUGGAAUAAGAAGUAAAACGGAACGCUCUCCGCCUCCGUCCGCUUUCCAAACUAGAGCCACUCCCUUGGGACACUCUUCAUUUUAACUCAUUUGCUGCUGCAUACCGACAAGUUCUGUAAACGCGGUCUAGCCUUAUCUCGGUUCUCGAUAAACAACCCGCCAGAAUAAUUUCUUGCCUAUUUGGUCGCUUUAGACAGCCAUACCCCAAACCAACUUUUGGAGGACUUCGUAAAAAAGUUUAGCUCAGAAGCUGUGGGAUUAAAUUAAUUUAAGUACCCCAACGCAAAAUCUGUAACUCGUAAUAUCCCGACUGCGAUCAGAGUUGCUUCGUCCGACUCGAUUGUUCGGCCAGACAUACAGUACGUGACCUAACGGAUGAAAGGUGUCGAAGUUAACGAACGAUUACUUAUCACUCGCAAACCGACAUUAAUGCAUGGACCCUUUAUGUAUAUUAAUAAGGAACAACUUCCGAUCACGCAGUCGAAUGUGCACAGUAGACAUCAUUGUUACCGCGGAAAGUCAAGACCAUGCCGUAAUGCAGACGCAUUUCAUUUUACCUUAUUUUCGAGUCUGCCAACAGCUAGUCAGAACAAAAGUUUUGAAAUAAGUGCCACCCUUAUCGGGUUUCGCCGAGAAGGCCACUUUGUUGCAAACGCGCAAGUUUAGUAUAAAAAUUGUUUCCCUACAUAAAAAGAAAUAACUCUACGUAUGACAAUCAAGUUCACAUAAUUGUUAAAUGCAAGAAACAAGGAUGAUGAUGAUGACGGUGGUGAUGAUGAUGAUGAUGGUGGUGGUGGUGGUGGUGGUGGUGGUGGUGGUGGUGGUGAUGAUGAUGAUGAUGAUGAUGAUGAUGAUGAUGAUGAUGAUGAUGAUGAUGAUGAUGAUGAUGAUGAUGAUGAUGAUGAUGAUGACUGGAAUGGUUUCGUCCCGAUUUAUUUUCUGUCCUCAUUCAGUAAUGCCGAAAACCCAUUAGAGAAUUCUGGGAUGUGGACGCAGGGCAGUGGGUUGAUCAACCUUUUUGGGAUCGAUCGCAUUCUGACUUGA